UAUGAGGACAGUAGUGUACGAUAAUCGUGGGAGAUCUCGUUUUAUCGAAGGGAACGGAUGAUUUUGGGGUGCUCAGUGGUUCUGCGGCCUGUGCUCUUGGAGACUUUUGACUUGGAGAAAGGCAAAGUGGGGCAGAAGAGACCGUUUCGCUGAAAAGGUGGCGUGGGUGUUGUCUCCGACAGACAGUCUCUGCUCCAUCUCUAGGGUUGGUAAGGUUGGGCGCCGCGAACCUCCGUCAGUGUGCAGUGCGCUCAGCUUAGUAGCGGAUCUUUGCUGCCCCUUCAUCCGUGGUGUGCGUGUGUGUGUGAGUGUAGUCGUAGUAGUGUUUGUGUGCUAGGGGUUGUGGCGCCGCCACUGUGGUGUGUGGUGGAGGUCGGCAGGAGGACCUUUUAGCGUGGUCGGUGAGGAAGGGCCGCCCGACACACCGCCACGAUGGGAUGUGCCAUGUCUGCCGAAGAGCGGGCCGCCCAGGCCCGUAGCAAACAAAUCGAGAAGAACCUCAAGGAGGAUGGCCUGCAGGCUGCCAAGGAUAUCAAACUCCUACUGCUGGGCGCGGGCGAGUCUGGGAAGAGCACAAUCGUUAAACAAAUGAAAAUUAUCCACGAAUCCGGUUUUACGAGCGAGGACUUCAAGCAGUAUCGACCGGUCGUGUAUUCCAACACUAUACAGUCUUUAGUAGCCAUUCUUAGGGCUAUGCCUAAUCUCGGCAUAUCUUUUGGUAACAACGAGAGGGAGCCUGACGCGAAGAUGGUGUUCGACGUCAUCUCUCGAAUGGAGGACACAGAGCCCUUCUCUGAGGAACUCCUGUCAGCCAUGAAGAGACUCUGGGCUGAUACAGGUGUGCAGGAGUGCUUCGGCAGGUCCAACGAGUACCAGCUCAACGAUUCAGCCAAGUACUUCCUCGACGAUUUAGACCGCUUGGGUGCUAAGGAAUACCAACCAACUGAACAAGAUAUCUUACGAACCCGUGUCAAGACAACUGGUAUCGUCGAAGUCCACUUCUCUUUCAAGAAUCUCAACUUCAAGUUGUUUGAUGUGGGAGGUCAGCGAUCAGAACGUAAGAAGUGGAUUCACUGUUUUGAAGAUGUCACAGCUAUCAUCUUCUGUGUUGCAAUGUCAGAGUAUGAUCAGGUUCUACACGAAGAUGAAACUACAAACCGUAUGCAAGAGUCUCUGAAGUUGUUUGACUCCAUCUGUAACAACAAGUGGUUUGGAGACACAUCUAUAAUUCUUUUCUUGAACAAAAAGGAUUUGUUUGAGGAGAAAAUUAAAAGGUCACCCUUGACUAUAUGUUUCUCUGAGUAUACAGGGUCUAUGGAGUACAACGAGGCUUCAGCAUACAUCCAAGCCCAAUUUGAAGCAAAGAAUAAGUCUACAAAUAAGGAAAUCUACUGCCAUAUGACUUGUGCCACUGAUACCACCAACAUUCAGUUUGUGUUUGAUGCUGUAACAGAUGUCAUCAUUGCCACUAAUCUCCGAGGAUGUGGUCUAUAUUGAUGUGUUUCAGAAUUGAAACACUUGGGCUUUAAUACUAGUAGUUACUUGUUAACAUGUUUCAUAACUUGGUCAGUCCUCACAAGCCCAAGUUUAGGAGGAUAAAGACCAAAAGUUUUUGUAACUGUUAUAAAUGAGAUUAUAGGUGAAACUGGGGUAAGGUAAUGGUUUUGUUCAUCAUUAACAUCCAGCCUCAAUCCCUGGGAGAGAAAAGUGAUAAAGAAUUCUUGCAUUUUCAGCAUAUGUGUAUGUAAUGCUAGGAAAACACGUUUUGGUCUUUCAAAGACUAUUGGCAUGUUUAUUAACUUAGUGACUUACAACAGCAGUUAUGAAUUGUGUGUUCAACUUCCUUUCUAUUUACAAUUAAAUUACUGUUUGUUGUCAUUCUUUUCCAUUUACUUAAAGUACUGGAAUUGUGCAAAAAAAACAAAAUAUGCUGAAAAUGCAAAGAUAUUAAAAGAACUUACAUUGAUUUAUAUAAUUUUUUUUUAAAGCAUUUCUAAGUCGUAUGCAAACCAGUUAUAAUUCCAUAUUUAUAAAUCAGAAAAUGACAGAUACUUUUAAGUCUCACUAACUAUUACUCAAGUGAUGUACUGAUAAACACUCAAUUAAAAUAUUUUGGCAAAAGCAGUUAUCAUUGUUUUAGUCAUAUUGCUUCUCUGUGAUAGAAUGUGACUACAGUUUUUGUGAUUAGAGAAAAUAUAAUACAUAUAUAGUUGUAUUAAAAACUAAUGAAGGCCAUUCAAUUGGAUUUAUAAGUACAUAUACACGAAAUGUCUGUACUGAAAUAUAUAUUUGUGACAUCCACAGGUAAUAUAAUGAAAAGAAAAAAUAAGAAUGUAGUUUUAUAGCUGUUGAUACUCAGAUAUGAAAAUAACCAUAUUGAAUUAUACAUAAUGAAAAAGUACUGUACUUGAGAAUCCAUGAAAAUUCUCUAUCCAGCUGCAUGUGCUACAAAUACAUGCUUUGAUAUACUCUUUUUACGUUUGAAACUUAAUUUAAACUUGAACUAUUAAUACAGAUUAACUAAAAUUAUAUACGUAACAAUCAAGACCAGUAGCCAAAAAUUUUUUGAUAAAUGAGAAACGUAUGUGAAUUGCAGUAGUACUUUCCAUGUUUUGUGGAGAGUCCUCAACUUUGCACUUUUUAAAUUCUCUUCAUUGCUUCAUAUUGCUAACAGCCACUUUGAUGCUUAUGCCCUAUUUUAAGUCAUAGUGCCCUACUUAUUAUAGUCAGGCGGUAACCAGGAUUGAUGCCAAUUCAAAGGUAAUUCUGAUUUCACAGAAAAUGUUUCUUUCAUGAGUAUACUGUACACAUGGACAGCUAAUGCACAGGACAGUGUUUAGAGUGAUAUCUGACUGCUAGUACUGUUAAUUAACAAUAUUAUUUAUGGAUAUCAGUAACCUAUGUACAAUAUAGAAAACUGGUAACCUACCUAUAGUAGACAUUUAAUAAUUAUUCUAGUCACAUCCAAAACUGGGACCAGUAAAUGUGUAUUGUAAAUACCGAAGUCCAUAUUUUCAUCCUAAGUGAUGUGAUGUUGAUGCUCCGAAAACAAUAUGGUAUACUACCAUAGUAUGACAUAUAAACGAGAAGCUUAAUUUAAAAAAUUUCUAUUGCCUGCAAAAUUUAUUCUUUUGAUUUAACUUGAAACAAUAUCAGUGUAAAAUACAUACGUAAUAUACAAUUACCAAUGCUUAUCCAGAGUAUGUAUAUUAUAGUACUUAACUCUCAAAAUACUUAAUCAGUAAAUUUAGAAUGCUUAAAAAUACAACUUUCCUGAGGUUAUUAAUCAAUACAGUAUUUCAGAAAAAUCAGUAACAAAGUACGUAUUUACUUCUUGAGUUAAUGCAUCUAGAUUUUGGAAACAAAAUUAAAAAAACUUGCAAUCUUUCAUACAGUACACCUACUGCAAAGGUUUAGACUAGCAUAAAAAAAUACACUUUGUUUCAUUCAUGCUGAGGUAAUACGUGUACGCAGUUAACAUCUUUUAGCAAUUGUGUGCUUAUACUGUAUAAGCUUUUUCAAACUGUCCCUGAGCACAACUAAGGAAAAAAAAGGAUGAAGAAAAUAUUUUAUGAUGGGAAAUUUUGUGCUUCCUUACUAAGAAUAGUAAACAAAUCCUUGGUAACAAAUCAAAAUUACAUUAAUUUUACUGGUAUUUGUUACAGAUUCAUAUCUAAAAGUAGCAGUAAAAAAAGUAGUGAAAAUUUAGUUACCAUAUAAUCACUUUUAACUAGUUUAGGUUGUGUAAUCCUUAAUUAAACUUGAAGAUUUGUCCCUAUUUAAUAUAUUUAGUACCCGUUAUUUUUAGAUAACAAGACAGGAAUAUAAAAUUUCCUAAGCUAUGAAACUUUAUUAUCAAGAAAUAUCAUAAUGUACAAAUAUAUUGUACCAAAUACCCUUCAUACAAUAUCUUACACAUCUAUAUUAUAAAAUAAUCUGUUCAGUCCCAUCACAUAUAUAAUGUACUGUAUUUAGAAAGCAAAAACUGUAGCUUGAUCUUAAGAGAAUUCAAGUACUGUACGAAUAAUUUGUGCUACCUUAACAUUCCAUGCUCUUGAACGGUACCCGAUUUAGAAUGACUUUGGUACUAGAAGGAACUGAAAAGGAUUUCCAAAAUGCAAAGUCAUCAGUACAGAAUCUGCUUCAUUUUUGUGCAGUGUGCAUAGUAAUGACUUUGCUCAGUUAUGAUGAAAUCUUACAAGGCUGGAUAUGCAAAUUAUGCACCACAAACCUUAUGUUUGGCUCCUAUAGUUACAAUUUAGAGGUAAUUUCUAAUCUAAACUCAUUGUCUGUAUAAGUAGCAUGCCAAAAUACUUAAUUAUUCAAAGAAGUAUAACCGGAGAGUGAUUGACAAGCAAAGUUGGAAAAUCCCUUACUAUCAUUUACAUAGUCAUGGUAGAGAAGGUUCCAUCAUUUUUGUGUAGAUUUAGGCUUGAAAAGUCCUCAUAUUUAAUAUUAAUGUUAAAUAACCCAUCCUCUCAUUGUGCUGUAAGUUACCGCUCAGUUUUGUACAGUGUUCUGCUCAGGUAGGCUGUUAUGCACUCAAGCUAUGUAAAGCUCCACACGCAACUAAUUGUUUGAGCAAUUGGAGUAAAAACUUGUAAAGGUAUCUGUAAGUUCCCUGGGAUGUUGACAUCCUGAUGGUGAGCAUCACAAUAAAUCAUUUGUGUUGGCAAAACUCUGUAUUAGACUGGACAUGGGUGAAAUGAAUGUCUUUUAUUUCAUAAAAA